ACAACUUGCUGUGUAACAUUUUAGGUAUUUGCUGAUAUAGUUGCAUACAUAUGUAUGAACCUAACCUCUGUGAUAUGAAAUGAGGAGAAAACAGAUGUGAUAGCUUUUGCCAGUUUAUAAUCUGGUUGAAGAGAUAGGAAGACUUUUUAAUCAAACUUGAAUUCCAGUCCAGAAAUUCAGGUUGAAAUUUCUUGUCAGGAACUUCAACCUCAGGCAUCCAUAGGGCUCCCUCUCCUCAGGUUAUUAGAUUUGGUAUCACAUGGCUAGUGUUUUGCCUGCUCUGGUUGUAUUGUCUUUCCCUGCCCUUCCUAAGAUCCCUUCUGGCUCUAUUGCUCUGCUGCCAGAUGUGGGUUCCCAGUACCUGUGGCUUGGGAACAGGUAUCUCCCUCCCCUCUCUGUGAUGCUGGGGCUCCAAGGGCAUUGAACAUCUAUAUCCCCAAACCUUGGUUUUUUGAGACGGUCUUGGUAUGUGGUUCAGACUGACCUUUAACUCUCUGUGUGGCCUAGGCUGGCCUCGAAUUUGUGAUCCUCCUGCCUUAGUCUUCCUAGUGCUUGGGGUUAUAAGCAUAUACCUCCUGGCUUUUUAUUUAAUUAAUUUAUUUUAACUUUUUCUUACCUAGUUGUAUCUUGCAGACACUUUUUUUUAAACUGAGCUAUAGUUACUUCUGCAGUUGUAAUGAUGGAGUUGAUCUCAUUUUCUAAUUUUUCCUGAGAUUACUCAAAACUUCCACUAUUUCUUUUUUUUCAGGUCAUUCAAAAUGAUCUUGGGUUAUGCUAAACACAAGGUACUGGUCUACAUUCUGUGCUCCUAGAAUCCUUGAGACAUGGUAUCUGAAAUCUUGGCUACCUUGAUUGAAAAUUGACAGGAGGAAAUGACAUAGGAAAAAUAUACACAAAUUAAUAUCUGUAAACUAGCCCUAGGAGAAAAUACAGAAUAGCUAUUCACAGUCAGACAGAACCACUUAUCACGUUUUGCAGUAUCUCCUGAGGAAGUCAGAGUCUGAGCCAGCAUGAAGACUGAAUCUUGUUUUUGAUCUGAUUUAUAACUGUGCUUUUAUUCUAACCAUGUGCAAGGUGAAGGUUGUAGCAUGGAAACUAAAAUCUUACUUCCUGCCUGACAUAACUCACUUCAGGAAGUGCACAAUGUCAGAACGUGGAAUUAAAUGGGCUUGUGAAUACUGUACGUAUGAAAACUGGCCAUCUGCGAUCAAGUGUACUAUGUGUCGUGCCCAAAGACCUAGUGGAACAAUUAUUACAGAAGAUCCAUUCAAAAGUGGUUCAAGUGAUGUUGGUAGAGAUUGGGAUCCUUCCAGCACUGAAGGUGGAAGUAGUCCUUUGAUAUGUCCAGACUCUAGUGCAAGACCAAGGGUUAAAUCUUCAUACAGCAUGGAAAAUGCAAAUAAAUGGUCAUGCCACAUGUGCACAUAUUUGAACUGGCCACGAGCAAUCAGAUGUACCCAGUGCUUAUCCCAACGAAGGACCAGGAGUCCCACAGAAUCUCCCCAAUCCUCAGGAUCUGGCUCAAGACCAGUUGCUUUUUCUGUUGAUCCUUGUGAGGAAUACAAUGAUAGAAACAAACUGAACACAAGGACCCAGCAUUGGACUUGUUCUAUUUGCACGUACGAAAACUGGGCCAAGGCUAAAAAAUGUGUUGUUUGUGAUCAUCCCAGACCUAAUAACAUUGAAGCAAUAGAGUUGGCAGAGACUGAGGAAGCUUCUUCAAUAAUAAAUGAGCAAGAUAGAGCUCGAUGGAGGGGAAGCUGCAGUAGUGGUAAUAGCCAAAGAAGAUCACCUCCUACGACGAAACGAGACUCUGAAAUGAAAAUGGAUUUUCAGAGGAUUGAAUUGGCUGGUGCUGUUGGCAGUAAGGAAGAACUUGAAGUGGACUUCAAAAAACUGAAGCAAAUUAAAAACAGGAUGAAAAAGACUGAUUGGCUAUUCCUCAAUGCUUGUGUGGGGGUUGUAGAAGGUGAUUUAGGGGCCAUAGAAGCAUACAAAUCAUCAGGAGGAGAUAUUGCGCGGCAGCUCACUGCGGAUGAAGUACGCUUGCUGAACCGUCCUUCUGCCUUCGAUGUUGGCUAUACUUUGGUCCACUUGGCUAUACGAUUUCAGAGGCAGGAUAUGCUAGCAAUAUUGCUUACAGAGGUGUCUCAACAAGCAGCAAAGUGUAUUCCAGCAAUGGUGUGUCCUGAACUGACAGAACAAAUCCGGAGAGAAAUAGCUGCCUCUCUUCAUCAAAGAAAGGGGGAUUUUGCUUGCUAUUUUCUAACUGACCUUGUAACAUUUACGUUGCCAGCAGAUAUUGAAGACUUACCCCCAACAGUUCAAGAAAAAUUAUUUGAUGAGGUGCUUGAUAGAGAUGUUCAAAAGGAGUUAGAAGAAGAAUCUCCAAUUAUAAACUGGUCCUUGGAGUUGGCUACCCGUUUGGACAGUCGACUGUAUGCACUUUGGAACCGGACUGCAGGAGACUGCUUACUUGACUCAGUACUACAAGCUACUUGGGGCAUUUAUGACAAAGACUCAGUGCUUCGGAAAGCCCUGCAUGACAGCCUGCAUGACUGUUCACACUGGUUUUACACACGCUGGAAAGAUUGGGAAUCAUGGUAUUCUCAGAGUUUUGGUUUACAUUUUUCGUUGAGAGAAGAGCAGUGGCAAGAAGACUGGGCAUUUAUACUCUCUCUUGCUAGUCAGCCUGGAGCAAGUUUGGAACAGACACACAUUUUUGUACUUGCACAUAUUCUUAGACGACCAAUUAUAGUUUAUGGAGUAAAAUAUUAUAAGAGUUUCCGGGGAGAAACUUUAGGAUAUACUCGGUUUCAAGGAGUUUAUCUGCCUUUGUUGUGGGAACAGAGUUUUUGUUGGAAAAGUCCGAUUGCACUGGGCUAUACAAGGGGCCACUUCUCUGCUUUGGUUGCCAUGGAAAAUGAUGGUUAUGGCAACCGAGGUGCUGGUGCUAACCUGAACACUGAUGAUGAUGUCACCAUCACAUUUUUGCCACUGGUUGACAGUGAAAGGAAGCUACUCCAUGUGCACUUUCUUUCUGCUCAGGAGCUAGGUAAUGAGGAACAGCAAGAGAAACUGCUCAGGGAGUGGCUGGACUGCUGCGUGACCGAAGGGGGAGUUCUGGUUGCCAUGCAGAAAAGCUCUCGGCGGCGAAACCACCCCUUGGUCACACAGAUGGUAGAAAAGUGGCUUGAUCGCUACCGGCAGAUCCGGCCUUGUACAUCCCUGUCUGAUGGAGAGGAAGAUGAAGAUGAUGAAGAUGAAUGAAAAAUACCGAGGAGCAUAAGACCAAGGCAUCAGAUAUGUGAUGGCCCCAAAGUUAGUGUGGUGCUUCAAGCAGAGUGUACCAUGUGGAAUGACCAGAUCUGACAGGAUCUGCUCAGAAGUAUUUUUCUGAUCCACACCCAUUGGAGAUAAUGCAUAUGCUGCAUGAAGAGACAGAGAACUUUGGUUGAUCGACAGUUUGUAAAAAACAACAACAACAACAAAAAAAAACCAAAAAAACCCACAAAAACUAAUUUUAUUGACAGAUCUUUUUUCCUUUCAAAUUGUAAAUCUGCCUAUACAUGUAAUGCAUGUGGUUGUGUAAGAAAUUGUGUAAUAGGAAAAGUUGUACCAGCAUCUUCAUAUUGAGAAAUUUUUUUCCAGCAUGGGCACUUACAACAAGCACAUGGCAGACAACUCUUACUCCUUCAUUAGGACCUGGCAUUCUACUUUCACCUUAAAAGAUCCAUUUUACAUCAAGUCUCAGAGAUUUGGAAAUUUUGUACAAAUUAUCCACAGCAAAACAUAAAAAAAUAAACAAGUUUUUAUUUUAUUAAUUAGUUUCUGUUGUGCCCAAUAAAAUCAAAUCUUUUAGGAAGAAAUAAGAAAAGCUAAUAAUUUUUUUUUAAUUGAACACAGAUAUUGCCUCCUUGUUUUGAGAGGGUUUUGGUUUUUGUUGCCUUAGUUUUCUGAUUUGAUCCCUUUCAGUAUUUAGAUAUUUAUUUGUUUGGAAGAGUGCCCGAAAAUAGGGGUUUUACUUCAGACUCUGGUCAGUGGUUGCUUUUGUGUAUAGUUAUUUCCUGGAUUGAAAGGGAGCAGGCUUACUUGUCACUGAAUGGAAUGUAUGAAAUUUGUUCACCUGGACUCCAUCAAUGUUCUGCUCUUCUUGCAGAGGUCCUCCAGAGUCUUCCUGUUUUAUUGUCACCUCUGCUCUAAGCAAAUGCUAUUAGAAGGACAUGCCUUUGCUUAGGCAGAUUGGAAUACCAGUUGAGUACAGAAUAAAGAACUUUAAAAUGGAGCAAGGUGGUCAAUGCAUUUUAUGAAUUUCUAUCUAGUCUGAGGAUUUUUGC